GUAAUGUAAUCUCCAAGGUCAUUAUCGUCAUUUACCCAUUCUUCCACCCCCACCGAAAAAAGCCAGCCCAGAUGGAUCUACACAAUCACAGAAAAUAGUGUGAUCUCCUUUACCUUUAUUUUUCAAAAAAACACGCACACACAGUAAAAACCCUAAUUUGAAAAAUGGGGGAUUUCAAUUUAGCAUUAUUAAUAGUAGCGAUUGUAGUAUGUGUACUGGUGUUUGUAUUCAAUCUAUAUCUGCUUGUUAAUUACCAGCAUCCCGAUGACAAAAACCAAGCUUACUUUCCCAAAUUCGUUGUCGUUUUGGGGUUAUCAGUCUCUGCGAUUUCUAUACUUAUGCUGCCUGCUGACGUGGCUAACCGUCAGGCCUGUCAGCAUGCUAUAUAUAACGGAGCUUGUAAUCUGACAUUGCCUAUGAAGGAUCUCUGGCUUUUUAUUUAUAUCGUCGAUGCUGUUCUUGUUUUUUUCGUUAUCCCCUUCGCCAUGUUUUACUACGAAGGCGAUCAAGACAAGAGUGUUGGUAAGCGGAUUAAAAGUGCCUUGAUUUGGGUGGUCACUACUGCUAUCGUUUGUGGAUUGGUGCUUGGUAUUUUAUACGGUGUUAUCGGAAAAGUCGAUUUCACAGUUAGACAUCUUUCUUCUUCAACCAUGGCAUUUCCAAGCACCUUUCAGUUCUCUAAUGGUCAACCAUGUGUCAAUAGUGGUGCUCGCCAGUGUUCUGCCUAUGAUGCUAGUCCCUCAUCAGAGACAACAUGGACAAUGCGCUCGACUUUUCCAGAAUAUGUUGUUGCACUUGCCACUAUUGUAGGCUCUGUGCUGUUCUCAAUAUUUGGUGGCGUUGGCAUUGCCUGCCUCCCCCUGGGGCUUAUAUUCUCGUUCGUGAGGCGGCCAAAGGCAGUGAUUACUAGAUCACAGUAUAUCAAGGAAGCUACCGAACUCGGUAAGAAAGCAAGAGAAUUAAAGAAGGCAGCUGAUGCACUUCAUCAGGAAGAAAGAAGUGGUUCAAAAGGAAGGAAAUGGCGUAAAAACAUGAAGGCUGUAGAAAAGGAGCUGCUUCUUUUGGAAGAGGAUGUGAAUGCUUUGGAAGAGAUGUACCCUCAAGGCGAAAAGGCAGAGGCUACUUGGGCUUUGACUGUUCUUGGCUAUCUGGCAAAGCUUAUACUUGGAGUCUUUGGGUUGGUUGUUUCAAUUGCUUGGAUUGCACACAUCGUGAUAUAUCUGUUGAUUGACCCUCCACUUUCUCCAUUCUUGAAUGAGGUUUUCAUAAAGUUGGAUGAUAUCUGGGGUCUUUUGGGUACCGCGGCUUUUGCAUUCUUCUGCUUCUACCUUCUGCUUGCAGUUAUUGCUGGAGCAAUGAUGCUUGGUCUGAGACUAGUGUUUAUCACCAUCCAUCCAAUGAAAUGGGGAGGUACUCUCAUGAACUCUUUCUUAUUCAACGUGGCUCUCAUUCUUCUUUGUUCAAUCAGUGUGAUCCAGUUUUGUUCAACUGCAUUUGCGUACUAUGCUCAAGCUACAGCUGCACAAGAAAUAUUUGGUCAUACAUUGCAAUCUCUUCGCGGAAUCAAAUACUUGUACAAGUAUAACAUAUUCCAAAUCGCAUUUGUCGCCCUAGCAGGACUGACCUUUGUUUACUACGCCGCUUUUGGAUGGAGGAGAAGAAAGCCGAGCGGCAGGUUCCAACUAUCGUCAUAAAGCAUGUUAUGACUAAAAAACACAGAUCCAUGGGAAAUUUUCAGUUAUAUUGAUUUAUAUUUUGAGUGCUUCUCUAUCGGAUGCAUAUGGCUUAGUCUCAUAUUGAAGAAUCAUGAUCCGGUUAGAAGCAUGGAAUUCUUGAGGUUGAUUUCUGCUUUUCUGUUGGUCUGAUAUCGACACCACCUGUAUGUAUUUUCCUGUAACAUGUUGGGUUUCAGUGACCAUUGAUGUAAAAUAUCUAAAACAGUAACAUGACGCCACGGUACAUGGUUUAACUUUUGUGUGGAAUUCGUUUGUUAUUGUUUGUUAUGGAGAUUAUUACAAAGCAUUUGCGACU